UGCAGACAAAGUUACUAUCACCUCGUUCUGAAUUCUUUUAUCUCGCAUUUUACUUGAUUUCGUUUUGCUUGCCUUGCGAGAUACUGUAUUUUUGUGUUUUGGAAGAGUAAUUUUGUGUUAAAAUCCCCAUCAUUGUCGUUGCUUGUUUUGCAAUAGCCCAAAUUGGUGGCCGGUGGGGUGUAUUUAAGCUAGCGUAUAAGUUGUUGUUUUACGAAGGAAAAAAAGAAACAUACUGUUUUUAGAUCCUGCUAUUUAUGUCAAAGAUAUAAGACAAAUAAUAUAAGCUUCAUUCCAGCCUUGCGGAGAAGUGGGUUUCUGAAAUUGUUACUUUCUGAAUGGGAAAGUGGGGUGUUAUUGUUUUCCCUCUUCUUCUGUUCUUGUGUCCUCUGUUUCAUGGAGGAAUAAGUACUGUAGUUUCCAGAGGCCAGGAAGGAUCAGAGGAAUGGGGAUAUGUUGAAGUCAGACCCAAAGCCCACAUGUUCUGGUGGCUUUACAGAAGUCCCUAUAGAGUUGAGGAUCCCUCCAAACCAUGGCCAAUCAUUCUUUGGUUGCAGGGUGGACCUGGUGCUUCAGGAGUUGGGAUUGGCAAUUUUGAAGAGGUUGGACCAUUAGAUGCAGAUUUGAAGCCGCGGAAUUCAACAUGGUUGCGAAAAGCUGAUCUUUUGUUUGUGGAUAACCCAGUUGGAACCGGAUACAGUUUUGUGGAGGAUGAAAAGCUGUAUGUCAAAACCGAUGAAGAGGCAGCAACUGAUUUAACCACUUUGUUGGAGAAAAUAUUCAAUAGAAAUGAGAGCCUCCAAAAGAGUCCUCUGCACAUUGUGGCAGAGUCUUAUGGUGGAAAAUAUGCUGUCACUCUUGCGCUGUCAGCACUAAAAGCCAUAGAAGCUGGGAAAUUGAAGCUUAAACUGGGAGGAGUGGUAUUAGGGGAUAGCUGGAUCUCCCCAGAAGAUUAUGUGUUUGCAUGGGGUCCUCUUCUGAAAGAUCUAUCGCGGCUUGACAAUAAUGGGUUGCUGCAAUCAAACAGUCUGGCUCAGAAGAUCAAGCAGCAAAUUGAGCAAGGCCAAUCUGCUGGUGCAACCACUUCAUGGAUGGAACUUGAGUCAGUGAUUGGCUCCAACAGUGAUCAUGUGGACUUCUACAAUUUAUUGGAUUCGGGAUCAUCAGACGCUGCGUCAAUGACAGCCAUAGAAUUGAAAAAAGGGAUUGCAGUAAAAAGAUAUUCGAGAUAUUUGAGUUCCUUAAGGUCUUCUGCUGGUGGUGGUGGCGGCGAUUUGGAUAGUUUGCUGAAUGGUGCAUUAAAGAGAAGCUUAAGAUUCCGGACAAUGUUAACGUGGGGAGGGCAGUCAGAUUCUGUUUUCGAUAGUCUGGCAGGGGAUUUCAUGAAACCCAGGAUUAGUGAGGUUGAUGAGCUCCUUGCUAAAGGAGUGAAUGUGACUGUGUACAAUGGGCAACUUGAUCUUAUUUGUGCCACCAAGGGGACAGAAGCCUGGAUUGAGAAGCUCAAGUGGGAAGGGCUACAAAAAUUCUUGAGCAUAGACAGAACCCCUCUCUAUUGUGGGGAUAUUGAAAGAACAAAGGGUUUCACCAAGUCAUACAAAAACCUACACUUCUAUUGGAUUCUUGGAGCAGGCCACUUUGUACCAAAUGAUCAGCCCUGCGUUGCAUUAAAUAUGGUGGGUGCCAUCACCCAGUCCCCAGCGCCCUCUACGUAGAAAUCGAAGGGAAAAAUGCUCUUUAAACAGUUCUUCAAUACGCCAACGAGAAAGAGGGUUGACGGGAGAUGGUACAGAUAUGCAGUGUCAACAAGCAUGCCAAUAAGAGAGAGAGAGAGAGGUGCAGUAAUAUAAUGCAACGAUAUUCAUAUAUAGUUUCUUCUCUUUUUCUUUUUAUCUUUCUCUUUUCUUUUUUUUUUUUUUUUUGAGCAAAUGACAGGGUAUAUUGGGAAUAAAUUAAAUUAGAGGGAUAAAUUAUUGGGGGCCGGAGAAGUCCUGUGUAGGACAAGUUGACGGGAAUGCUUUUCCACUUCUCGUGGGAAAGAGGAACCCGUUCCGUCAACUCAUGCACUGCAUGAUGGGCACUUCUUGAAAUGUCUCUAUGUGUUCUAUUAUUGUUUCACAGCUCCAUUCGUUAUCACUGUCUGUCUUUGGCUUUAAGCAACUAUUUUACACAGCACAAAAGCAUUUGAUUAAUCAAAUUACAUAAUUUCUCU